GGGAAUUCUUCGGCGCGAAUAUGAUUCCACCCAAACCUCCGAAAACAUUCUUACAAUUAGUUUGGGAAGCCUUGCAAGACGUGACACUAAUCAUACUAGAAGUGGCAGCUAUUAUAUCGCUGGCGCUCGCCUUCUAUAAGCCUCCGCCCGGGGAGGAGGACGACGAAGGAGCCGGUGGUAUGCAUGAGGACGAGUCGGAGGCCGGUUGGAUAGAAGGGGCGGCUAUACUGGUGUCGGUAAUAAUCGUAGUGCUGGUGACGGCGUUCAACGACUACACGAAGGAGCGCCAGUUCCGCGGCCUGCAGUCGCGCAUAGAGCACGAGCACAAGUUCUCAGUGAUCCGGAGCAGCGAAGUGAAUGAGCUGUUGGUGGCGGAGCUGGUCGUCGGCGACAUAUGUCAAGUGAAAUACGGCGAUCUGUUGCCCGCCGACGGUGUCAUCAUUCAGAGCAAUGACCUCAAAGUCGAUGAGAGCUCACUCACCGGCGAAUCGGAUCACGUGAAGAAGGGGUUAGAUUCCGACCCAAUGCUCCUCUCAGGCACUCACGUGAUGGAGGGCUCGGGCCGAAUGGUGGUGACGGCGGUGGGCAUCAACUCGCAGGCGGGUAUCAUAUUUGCACUGUUAGGUGCGGCACAAGACGAAGACGACGCUCAAAAGAAACAAAUGAAAAAGGCCGCAUCUCAUGCAUGUCCUAAUACUACGUAUACUCAGCCGGCAAUACCGGAAAUGAUACCUUUGAAUCAACCUAAUUAUAACCCUAAUUCUGCUGUUAUGAAAUAUGCCGCAUCUCAUGCAUGUCCUAAUACUACGUAUACUCAGCCGGCAAUACCGGAAAUGAUACCUUUGAAUCAACCUAAUUAUAACCCUAAUUCUGCUGUUAUGAAAUAUGAUGAUGAGGCGGGCGAAGGGAUAGCGCCGGAGAACUCACAUAUGAUGAACACAACCACUGCCAAUACCUAUCCGGCGGGCGCCGCACCGGUCGGUGGCGGAGCCGAACCACUCGCUAGUGAUCAACAGAGAAAGUCGACACAAGCGGAUGAAGAGACAACGAAUCCACGCAAAGAGAAGUCCGUACUCCAGGCGAAGCUCACCAAACUGGCCAUUCAGAUCGGUUACGGAGGCUCUGCGAUCGCGGUGUUAACAGUAGUGAUAUUAAUAUUGCGUUUCGUGAUCAAGAUGUUUGUGGUGAGGGGCAAAAAAUUUUCCAUGUAUUACAUGCAGUAUUUCGUCAAAUUUGUCAUCAUUGGUGUCACUGUACUCGUGGUCGCUGUCCCGGAAGGUCUUCCACUCGCUGUGACGCUCGCCCUCGCCUACAGUGUCAAGAAAAUGAUGCUGGAUAACAAUCUGGUGCGGCAUUUGGACGCGUGCGAGACGAUGGGCAACGCGACGGCCAUCUGCUCUGACAAGACCGGUACCCUCACCACC